AUGUCGAAAGCGCAUCCUCCAGAAUUGAAAAAGUUCAUGGACAAGAAACUGUCCAUAAAACUAAAUGCUGGACGCGCCGUGACAGGUGUGCUACGAGGAUUCGACCCGUUUAUGAAUCUUGUUUUAGACGAGUCCGUUGAAGAAUGCAAGGAUGGACAAAGAAACAACAUUGGAAUGGUGGUAAUCCGAGGGAACAGCAUCAUAAUGUUGGAGUCAUUAGAUAGAAUAUAG